UACAAAAAGAUAAAGCGCCUUACAUUUGUACAGCAGUCAUGAACGAACCUGUCUUAAAAAUAUGAGCUUGCUCUGUCGGGCCGUUUUGUUAGUUGUGCUGAUUUCGAUCUUGUUAAUAAUUGUUAACGACCGGACAGAAAACAUGCAGGAGCAGCCGGAACCGGCAAGUGUUUAUCAACUGGUGGAUGGCGAAACAUACCUGCAUCGUGCCAUCCGGAGAGGCGACCAAAGUGCUACAGAGAAGUAUAUUGCUAGAUAUCAGGCUGAUUUCGACAAAAUCAAGGACUAUUUAUCUGUAAAGUACAAAUGGAAUCCAGAUGACAGAGUUUGGCUUCGGAAGUAUAACAUGAUCGCGGUUGAUGAGCAGCAAGGCAGAACAUGUAAGGAGCUAGAAAGGAGUUCAAUGAAGGACGGUGAUUUGGAAAUAGCCGUAUUUGUUAUUUUAACAACACCGAUAGAUGGCGAAGAUGUGGCAGUUAUUCAUCCAGAUGGCAAUAAUCGGCUGGGAAUAUUCAAAAUGGUAAGAGAGCUGCUGCCCAAUGGAAUUCUGUCGUGGAAUUACACCAGUGUUCUGCAAGUUACAAAUGAAGGGGAUGAAACUUUCAUAGAAGUAGCAGCUGCCCAGGGGAGGAUCAACGUCAUGUCGCAGUUGUAUGAGCUUGGAGCAGAUCUCAGCCUACCGGAUCACUGCCCUUUGAUGGCCGCGUGUUCGACAGUUUGCAAGGAUUCGAUUCGCUGGUUGCUCACUGAACACUUUGACCAUUUCGAUUGCACUCAGAGAAACUCGUACAACAUUAAUGCAUUCUUGGUUCUCGUUCAGGAAGGUGAUGUUGAAAUGAUGGAUUUUGUAUUGAAAAAGAUGAUACUUUACCGGCAAAAGAAUUACAAUGAAACCGAAUCGGAAGCAUUCCAGAAUAUAUUCCACUAUGAAGAUAAAGCGAGCAGCCUCUCAAGUGUAGGUCUUGCAAGAGAUGGACCUAUACUGGAUAAAAUGGGAGAAUACGUUUCACAUUACAAACUGGAUUUGUCCUAUCAGUGGCAGCGGAUUACUAUUCUUCUUGAUUUGAUGCGCAGGGAUGUAGCUGUAGACUACUGUUGGUCAGAAAUCCGCAAAAAACCCAAGUUGCUAGGUAUGGUAGACUGCAAUGGAGACACUGUACUGCAGGGGCUUAUUCGAAUGGGAAAGGUAGAUGUUUUGCCAGAAAUCUAUCAAUCGCAUCCAGAGGUGAAGGAAUUCUUCGAAAAUGACCGUGGGAUUAAUCUGCUGAAGGACAUGCUUAUCUACCAUAAAGUUGAUUUGGCAGCGUUUAUCUUGGAAAACCAUGCGCAGUUUCUGUCCAAGGAUUUGGAUUCACUAAGAAAAAAUGUGUUGCUGAGCAAUUACCAGUACAACACGGAUUUUUAUGAGAAGAAUGGUGAUUUAUUGGUGAAACAUUUUCCGAUGUACGCUACGGAGAUUUCUGAGGCAAGAGAAAAGGCAAAAGAGCGAACCGCUGAACACUAUCACCAGAAGGAAUUCAGGGAUUUCAAUUUGGAAUUCACUGAAUCUACAAUCAUAGCCAAAGACGAAACUCAAUCACUCAGUGCCAUCAGAGGUAUACUAGGUCUUACGCUACUCCAUUAUGCAGUGGACAAAGACAACAAGUUAUGGUUCGUCCACCUGCUGGAAUCGGGUUGUGACAUUAAUGCGACGGAUGACGAAGGAAAUCUACCGAUCCAUUUUGUUCGAAGCCUAGAGAUGUUCAAUCUCAUCAUCGAGAAACACCCCGAUGGAACAGCCUUGGUUCACCGCACCAACAACUAUGGCCAUACAGUUCUUCAUAAGGUUUGCUCUCUACGGCUGAACAAAGAGCGUUUCAGUGCUCUGUUAGAAAAGGUAAUCGAAUGUGGUGCUAAUGUAAACCAGUUAACAAAACUAGGAGAAUCCCCCCUUUUCAUGAUCGGAGGUCCCGCAGGGCUAGAAGUCCUCCAGAAAUACAACAUUGACUUCGAAGUGGUAAACAAUGCCGGCGACAACGCUCUGAGCUAUCAUUUGCGUUUCAAUGGCUGCAUGGCUCAAGCGCUCCUGCCAAUUAUGACCAAACUGUCUUCCUUCAAAGACCACGCACCCAAAUACUUGCAAAGGUUUUUGUCAUACAACCAGGGUAGCUUCAGUUACUACUUUCAAUCUUUCUUUGAGGAAAACCCGGAAGUCACAAAAGCCAUGUUUGAUUCGCUUUUCGAAUACUCCGCAGAAGAAGCGUCCCGGGUGUUUUUCCAAUCCUGCUACUCCGCAAAUACGUUCCUUGUAGAAAAAUUCCUUGAGUUCGAGUACGACUUGGAUUACAACUUCAUUAGUGACGACGGUUCCACACCCAUCAUGGCGCUGUGCGGCUACUCGCAGUGUCCCAACAAUAACUUGAUGCGGCAGCUGCUCAUCAAAGGCGUAAACUUGGAACAUCGAAACCAAAAAGGAAAAACGGCACUGUUGGUGCUGUCGAGUGGAAUGAGACCAGGUGACCGAAAUUGCCAUGAUGCUGAAUCAGUACGGCUUCUGCUGGAACACGGGGCACCGAUCAACAGCACAGAUGAAGACGGCAACACGGCUUUGCAUUACGCCUUCAGAGAUGAAAACUGGGAGUUGGCGGAGCUAUUGCUAGGACACGGCGCAGAUGUUCUUUCGAAGAAUAGUGAAGGAAAAAUUCCGUUGGAAAUGACUUCGGAUAAGAAUCGACACAUUUUCCAGUUUAUGCAAUGAGCUUCGUGAAUUAAGCAGUUUUUAUUACAAACAUGUAUUACUUUUUCUCAGGGAGAUAUAAACAUACCAUGUAAAUUUUGAAUUACCUUGAAUAAAAUUUUGAAAUAAGUGAAA